AUGUUCAUGGUGGCCGAGGUACGGCGACCGGACAGUGCCGCCACCCAGCGGGCGCGUCGCUACCUCGACCGACUCGACGAGCUGCUUCAAAAGGAGACCUACGUCGCGGGUCGGGUCGUGACCUUGGCCGACCUCUGCGUGGCGGCGACAGUGGCGCUCCUGGAGGCGGCGAGGAUCAGCGUGGCGGGGUUCCGGCACGUGGACGCGUGGGCGACGCGGCUUCGCCUGGAGCUGCCGUACUACGGGGAGUGCAAUGCUGCGCUGACGUCGCUGCUGUCACGCGGUCUAGUAGCGCAACCUGGGGGCGGACACCCGCCGCGCGCAGUCUAG